AUGGACGAUCUUAUCAAAUUAGAUCAACAAGAUCCGCUGAAUUGGACGAGAGAUGAAUUUGAGAUUCCUAACAUAAGAGCCUGUGGUGGUGAAGGUGAUGGCGAAGCUAUCUAUUUCUGUGGAAAUUCUUUAGGUUUAUUGAAUAAGAAAGCUAGACAACAUAUGAUUGAGGAAUUAGAUGUAUGGGGUACAUCCUCCGUUACAGGCCAUUUCAACCAUCCUCACAAAAGACCUUGGAAACAUGUCGAUGAACCUCUCACACCCCAUCUGGCCAGAUUGGUCGGAGCGAAAGAAAGUGAAGUUGCGCAUAGUUCAACAUUGACGAGCAAUAUGCAUAAUUUAUUUACGAGUUUUUAUCGUCCGACAAAGCAGAGAUGGAAGAUUGUGAUUGAAAAAGGUAGUUUCCCUAGUGAUUGGUACGCAGUCCAUUCUCAUCCCAAAUUACAUGAAGCCGUUCUUUCCCGAGAGCAGAUAGACGAAGCGAUCAUCGGGUUAGAGCCUAGGGAAGGUGAAGAUACCUUGAGGACAGAGGAUAUACUGAGAGUCAUAGAGGAAAACAAAGAUACAAUAUCCAUAGUCUGGCUACCUCUCGUACAGUACUACACUGGACAGUUAUUCGAUAUCGCCUCAGUCUCACCUAAAGUCCACUCGAUAGGCGCUCUGUUAGGACUAGAUAUGGCUCAUGGGAUAGGUAACGUGGGAUGUAAAUUGAAUGAAUGGGAUGUUGAUUUUGCCGUUUGGUGUACAUACAAGUACUUGAAUUCUGGACCCGCUGGUAUAGGUGGAUUUUACAUUAAAGAUGGAUUAGAUGAUGGUGGACGACGCCUCGCUGGAUGGUGGGGCAACGACUCAGCCACUAGAUUCCAGAUGUUACCCUCCUUCUCCCCUACUCCAGGAGCAAAAGGGUAUCAGCAUUCCUGUACACCCGUCUUCUCCUCUAUCCCCCUUCUCGCUACUCUACAACUAAUCGAUAAAGUCGGAUUCACCAACAUGCUUGAAAAAAGCAAAAACCUCACUGGUACACUUGAAAAACUCCUGAGAUCAAGUAAAUACCACAACCCCCCUGAGGGUAAGGUGGGAUUCAAGAUUUUGACACCGGAAUAUCCAUACAGGGGAACUCAGCUUUCGGUAUCCCUCUUACCCGAGAAUCAAGGUGUGAUGCCCCGGAUAUUUUCAAGGUUGUUGAAAGAUGGUUUAGUGGGCGAUGAAAGGUAUCCUAAUGUUAUUAGAUUGAGUCCUGUGGUGUUGUAUAAUAGGUUUGAAGAGGUUGGUAGGGCAUUUGAAAUUUUGGAGAGGGCUUUGAAAGAAGAGGAACAAGGUGCAAGGGUGGGAGAGGAGAAGGACUUGGAUAUGGUAUCUAAAAAUUAG